UCAAAGUUUGAUAUAAGAUUUUAAUUAUAUAUCCACCUGUUAUUUAUAGAAUGUUUUCUUGUGAUUACUUAUGCUCAUGCGGUAGCAGCUGAAUUAUUGAUCAUAUCUUUAAUUAAUGGCUUUCCCUUGUGCUUUUUGUGCUUUUUUAGUUAAGAUUAAAAUAAUGAAUAUCAUGGAAGAUGUUUUUCAUGGUGGGGCAUUUCUUUCCCCUGUGAUUCGAUUGAUUUGUAAGAGUUUAGCUUCAACAGAUUUCAGAGACUACUUCGACAAAGGGCUUGUGAAUAAACUUGAAACCACACUGAAUUUUAUCAAUCUAGUACUAGAUGACGCAGAGACAAAGCAGUACGAGGAUCUAGGCGUGAAGUGUUGGCUUGAUGAUGUGAGUAAUGAGGUAUACGAAUUGGAACAACUAUUGGAUGUCAUUGCUACUGACGCCGCACAACAAAAGGGAAAGAUACAACGCUUUCUUUCAGGUUCUAUCAAUCGAUUUGAAUCUAGGAUUAAAGUAUUGCUUAAGAGGCUAGAGUUUCUUGCAAUGGAAAAAUCUAGAUUGGAACUUCAAGAGUUUACUAAUUAUUUAUAUGAAGAAAGAGCCAGCGGUUUCGCUACUUCAUUCAUGGCUGAAUCUAUCAUAUAUGGUAGAGAACGUGAAAAAGAGGAAAUAAUCAAAUUUUUACUUUCAGACAGUUACAACCGAAACCAGGUAUCCAUAAUCAGUAUAGUGGGUCUGACGGGGAUGGGUAAGACAGCCCUUGCCCAGCUUGUUUACAAUGACCAUAGGAUACAGGAGCAGUUUGAAUUUAAAGCUUGGGUCCAUGUUUCUGAUGAAUCUUUUGAUUGUCUUCGUCUCAACAAAGAAAUACUCAAUCAUCAACUGCAAAAAUGGCUAGCAGGGAAUAAAUAUUUACUUGUUCUAGAUGAUGCCUGGAUUAAAAAUAGGAAUAUGUUGGAGCGUUUACUACUUCUUUUUAACCAGGGAUACAUUCGAGGCAAAAUGAUUGUGACGACAAAUGAUAAAGAAGUAGCAUCAGUCAUGAGAUCCACCCGGAUAAUUCAUCUAAGGCAAUUGGAGGAGAGUGACUCUUGGAAUUUAUUUGUAAGACAUGCUUUUGAAGGCAGGAAUAUGUUUGAAUAUCCAAAUCUUGAAUCGAUCGGCAAGAAAAUAGUAGAAAAAUGUGGGGGGUUGCCUUCAGCUCUGAAAACAUUGGGGAUUCUCUUGCAAAGAAAGUUCUCUGAAAAUGAAUGGGUUAAGAUAUUGGAGACUGAUUUGUGGCGUUUACCCAAGGGUGACAACAGCAACAUUUAUUCCGCUUUGAGAAUGAGUUACCUUAGCCUCCCUUCCAAUCUGAAGCAUUGUUUUGCUUAUUGUUCUAUAUUUCCCAAGGGUUAUGAGUUUGAAAAGGGUGAAUUAAUCAAGCUUUGGAUGGCAAAAGGUUUGCUAAAGGGAAUAACCAAAAAAGAAGAAGAGUUGGGUAAUAAAUUCUUCAAUGAUCUAGUGUCAAUGUCUUUUUUCCAACCAUCAGCGAUUAUGCCAUUCUGGGCUGGUAAGUACUAUUUCAUCAUGCAUGAUCUUAUCAAUGAUUUAGCGACAUCAAUGUCAGGAGAAUUCUGCUUACGAAUAGAGGGUGUGAAAGUGCAAGAUAUCCCUCAAAGGACACGUCACAUUUGGUGCCGCCUUGAUUUGGAAGAUGGUGAUAGAAAACUAAAGCAGAUUCAUAACAUUAAAGGACUACAGAGUCUGAUGGUAGAAGAACAAGGAUAUGGUGAGAAACGCUUUAAGAUAUCCACCAAUGUGCAGCAGAGUUUGUUUUCAAGACUAAAAUAUUUGCGGAUAUUGUCUUUCUCUGGUUGCAAUCUCUUAGAGCUAGCUGAUGAGAUAAGAAACUUAAAGCUUCUGCGCUAUCUAGACCUUUCUUACACCGAGAUUACAAGUUUACCUGAUUCCAUUUGUAUGUUGUAUAAUUUGCAUACACUCUUACUGGAAGAAUGUUUUAAACUGACUGAGCUCCCAUCAAAUUUUCACAAUCUCAUCAAUUUAUGUCAUCUUAAUUUGAAAGGCACGCAUAUUAAGAAGAUGCCAAAGAAGAUAAGAGAAUUAAUCAAUCUUGAGAUGCUGACUGAUUUUGUUGUGGAAGAGCAACAUGGAUAUGAUAUUAAGCAGUUGGCAGAACUCAACCACCUUAAAGGAAGGCUUCGAAUUUCAGGGUUGAAAAACGUGGCGGAUCCAGCAGUUGCUAUGGCAGCAAAUUUGAAAGAGAAGAAACAUUUAGAAGAAUUAAGUUUGUCGUAUGAUGAAUGGAGAGAAAUGGAUGGCUCAGAAACUGAAGCACGUGUAUCGGUCUUGGAGGCUCUUCAACCUAAUAGAAACCUCAUGAGGCUCACCAUCAAUGACUACAGAGGUAGUAGCUUUCCAAAUUGGCUUGGGGAUCUUAAUCUACCAAAUUUAGUAUCUCUUGAAUUAGUGGGAUGUAAACAUUGUUCCCAGUUGCCACCACUUGGGAAGUUCCCUUCUCUCAAGAAGCUUUCCAUUUCAGGCUGUCAUGGAAUAAAGAUCAUUGGUUCAGAGUUUUGCGGCUAUAAUUCAUCAAAUGUUGCAUUUAGAUCCCUUGAAACUUUGCGGGUUGAGUAUAUGUCUGAAUGGAAGGAAUGGUUAUGCCUUGAAGGUUUCCCUCUGCUUCAAGAGCUUUGUCUAAAACAAUGUCCCAAGUUGAAAAGUGCCCUGCCUCAUCAUCUUCCUUGUUUGCAAAAGUUGGAGAUUAUUGAUUGCGAAGAGUUGGAGGCUUUAAUUCCAAAGGCUGCUAAUAUCAGUGAUAUAGAACUAAAGAGAUGUGAUGGCAUUUUGAUAAAUGAAUUGCCAUCAAGCUUGAAAACGGCCAUCCUUUGUGGCACUCACGUCAUUGAAUCCACCCUAGAGAAAGUUCUAAUUAAUAGUGCCUUUCUUGAAGAGUUGGAAGUUGAAGACUUCUUUGGUCGAAAUAUGGAAUGGUCCUCUUUGCAUGUGUGUAGCUGUUAUUCCCUUUGCACUCUAACUAUAACAGGUUGGCACUCUUCUUCCUUGCCUUUUGCACUACACUUGUUCACCAAUCUUAAUUCUCUCGUGUUGUACGAUUGUCCAUGGCUGGAAUCGUUUUUUGGGAGGCAGUUGCCUUGCAACCUAGGCAGCCUCCGGAUAGAAAGAUGCCCUAAUUUGAUGGCUUCAAUAGAGGAGUGGGGUUUGUUCCAACUCAAAUCUCUGAAACAAUUCACUCUUAGUGACGAUUUUGAAAUCUUCGAAUCCUUUCCAGAGGAGAGUAUGCUGCCAUCAACUAUUAACUCUCUUGAGUUGACAAAUUGUUCAAACCUAACAAAAAUAAACUACAAGGGUCUUCUCCACCUCACUUCACUUGAAUCUCUAUAUAUUGAAGAUUGUCCUUGUCUUGAUAGCUUGCCAGAGGAGGGUCUACCCAGCUCCCUUUCUACUUUGUCGAUUCAUGAUUGUCCAUUAAUUAAGCAGCUGUACCAAAAGGAGCAAGGCGAGCAUUGGCAUACAAUUUCUCACAUCCCUUAUGUGAUAAUUUCCUGAUUGGCAGCUGAGAUCAGAUUUUAUUGUAGACAGAUCAAUGGCAUGACCACCGCUCUCAUGCACAACCAGAAGGAUGUCGCUGUUUGUUCCACUUCCACAAAGCUCAUGCAUGGUCCAAUUGUAGGCCCCGCAUUUGGAUAUGUUGACGCGGAGGUUUAUUGCACAUGUUCCCAGAAAACAUGAGACUUGAAAAAAGAGGCUUGAGAAUAACUUGCGUCUACCAAUUAUAAGAUUGAUAAAUGCUGGUCCUGCUGGUGAGAUUCUCCCAGCCGUCUCAUCAUCAGUGGUGAGUAGAGAAUGCAGCUGAAGAACAAAAGUAAUUACAACACCAUAUUCUGUCUUCACAGACAAGUUUUUGAAUUUGACAUCUUUGAGUUUGCUAACUUUGGAUUAAUCUGUAAAAUGCAAUUUCCCUGCUUCAGUUGUCAAUUUUUUUUUUUGAAACAACCAAAUUUAUUAAGCCAAAGAAUGUGUAAAGAAACCACAAACUUGGACAGAAAAGCGAUAAAUACAAGGUGCCGUAAAUAUGUGGAACACCCAACGGUGACCACCCAAACCAUAUAUAAAAGGAACGUCCAAAACGCCCUUCCCAAAACCACCUAACACCCAACAGCACAAAACCUCCUAAUUGAGGGGAAAGAGCUCAUAUCAGUAAAAAAAACUCCCAGAAAACCCCUCCCCAAACCUUAACAGCAAAAGCAGGUGGUCCAAAAGCAGCACAGAAGCUGAUCCGUAACACAGCUAGCCGCUGCAUGGACCAGCAGAUAGCAGCCCAGCACUGAACAGCUAAAGGAGCCUGCCAAACCAAAAACAGAAGGUGCAAACAGCAUCACAAACAGCAUACAUGAACCUCCUUCAGCACAAACAGCAGCUAACCUCCAUUUACCUCAAAAGGCAUUCUUUAGGAUUCCACCUCCAUUCAUAGUAUAAACAUGCCAUAUAUUUUAUCCAAGACAACAUCCACCUCCAAGAGACCACUUUUAUUUCAUCCACUAUUUCUCCAGCCUCCCAAUUUAAAUCUUUGAAGAUUUUAUUAUUUCUAACAUUCCAUAACACCCAAAUUGUGGUGAGCCAACAAGCUACAGUCCCCUCCGGAUUUUCUUGUUUCUAUGAAUACCACUCCAACACUCCCAAUGAAUGAAGAUAUUCGGAGGCAUAAUAAAAGAGGAGCCGAACCAACGGAUAACCUCCAACCACACCCCACUCGCCACCUUACAAUGAAGGAAAAUAUGAAUUGCUGAUUCCUCCCUUUCGUCACAUAAAACACAAGACCGUGAAACCUCCGGAUAAAAUAUUCCUCAAACUAAGAUUGUCUUUGGUCGGAAUACGAUUAAGCAAAAUCUUCCAAGAGAAAGCUAUCAUCUUUGAAGGCGCUGGACUCUUCCACAAUGACUUGAACACUCCUUUUUCCUCCUCACCCCACAAGACUUCCGACGACAUCAAACCGUCCAAUUUCUUGUAGGCCGAUUUCAUCGAGAAAAUCCCACACUCUUCCAAGUUCCAACUCCACAGAUCCUCCUCUUGAGACAAACUCACACCCUCCAAGUCUUCCAAUAAACUUGCGAAAAGAUGACCCUCCCACACAAAAAACUCUCUCCUCCAAAUAAAAUUCCACUUCAAAUUAGGACCUAUAUGAGAAACUAAAUCACCAAUUGACACUUCUUUUUGGUUUGAGAUUGAGAAAAUUCCACUCCAAAUUAGGACCUAUAUAGACUUCAAAUAAAAGCAAUACAAAUCAAGGAGAGUUCGCUAAAAUCAAUAUUUGAUUACAAAUGCUCAAGCACAUUUUUUGGAGAAGCCUGGAGCAACGGCUAAUUCAGAGGAAUUUUAAAGGCAUUGGAUGCUUAUUCUUUGAAGAACGUUGGAAAAGGACAAUAGUACAAUUGUACUACCACUACCUCCAUUACUCUAUUUUUGUGUCUGCAAUAGUACAAGAACAAUAGCUGUGACUACGCUGGUAUUCCUCUAUUCUUGGAAUGAAUUUGAAAUUGUUCCUUCAUAGGACAAUAACCAAAUCAAGCAACAGAUCAUUGGUGAUUUGAUCAAGCUUCAAACAACUCUUUUUGAUGUGCUGACAAUCAACAACGUCUCUUUCACACCUCUAUAUAAAGGAGUGAAGACUUGAAGAUUUAAAAGAGACUCACAACAAUUUUACAAGUGUCAACACUCUGCUGAAAUUGUUUCACAUCAAAGUUCACUUAGAAUUUCUUAUCAACUUUUAUAUCUUAGAAAUUCUAGAGUCUUAAGAGUAUGUAUCUGAUUUGUAUUGUGAACAUCACUGAUUAUAUAUCAAGUGUUCAACCUCAAACAUCUUUCUUUGUAAUUCUAUUUGAAUAUAAGUCUCUUGUAGUUGUGCUUGAGCAUACGAAGUCUCUUGAUUUUGUUCUUGAGCAUAGGAAAU